AGUGCAAAACUUCCUGCCCACUUCUUGUGAAGGUUGCUAUUCAGCAAACAUGUGGAAACUUGAGAUCUACUGUACUUCCCUUUUUAUGCUUUAUGUAGCAAGCCUUGGUCUAGUUUAACCAGUUUCAGCUCCCUUCUUAACCUCGGUUGGCAGGUGGAAUCGAAUGUCGGAACUGGGUUUUUAGUUGGUUACUACAGAGACGUUGCACCAUGGCUCCUUUCCUGCGGAUUGCCUUCAACUCAUUUGAGUUGGGCUCAAUGCCAGCUCAGGCAGAACCCUGCCAACCAUUCUGUGCAGUGAAGGUGAAGGAAUCUCUCAGUACAGAAAGAGGAAAGACCUUGGUACAGAAGAAACCCACAAUGUAUCCAGACUGGAAGUCCGCAUUUGAUGCUCACAUCCAUGAGGGCCGUGUUAUCCAGAUAGUGCUAAUGAAGGCAGCUGAGGACCCACUCUCUGAGGCCACAGUUGGGGUGUCUGUGCUCGCUGAACGAUGCAAAAAGGGAAACGGGAAAGCUGAGUUUUGGCUGGACCUGCAGCCCCAAGCAAAAGUGCUAAUGUCAGUGCAGUUUUUUCUGGAAGACACAGAUUGCAAGCAGUCCAUACGAGAAGACGAGGGCUUGGUGACUAUAAACAGGAGGAGAGGAGCCAUCAAACAGGCGAAAAUACACUACAUUAAGAACCAUGAAUUCAUUGCCACAUUUUUUGGUCAGCCAACAUUUUGCUCUGUGUGCAAAGAGUUUGUGUGGGGCUUGAACAAACAAGGGUACAAAUGUAGACAGUGCAAUGCUGCCAUACAUAAAAAAUGCAUUGACAAGAUCAUUGGCAGGUGUACAGGCACAGCGACCAACAGCCGGGACACCAUGUUCCAGAAGGAGCGGUUUAACAUUGACAUGCCCCAUCGAUUCAGGGUUUACAAUUACAAAAGCCCCACUUUCUGCGAUCACUGUGGCAGUCUGCUCUGGGGCUUGGUGAAGCAGGGGUUAAAAUGUGAAGAAUGUGAUAUGAACGUUCAUCACAAGUGUCAAAAAAAAGUGGCCAAUUUGUGUGGCAUCAACCAGAAACUUCUAGCAGAGGCUCUGAACCAAGUCAGCAUGAAGUCAAGCAGAAAAUCAGAUUCGUCUUUGGAUAACGUUGCCAUUUACCAAGGUGUAACGCCGACUGCUCCAUUUGCAAAAGGUUUAGAUGCAACAGCAGACAACCAGUAUGAUAGGCUGUGGGAGGGGAGCAGUCCUCCGCCUAUGAGAGUGUCCAGUAUCAGCAACCGUGUUUCAGUGGAGAAUUUUACAUUUCACAAGGUUCUUGGAAAAGGCAGCUUUGGGAAGGUCCUUUUAGCUGAGGUAAAGGGCAAGAAUGAGUAUUUUGCUAUUAAAGCUCUAAAGAAAGAUGUUGUGCUGAUUGAUGAUGAUGUGGAGUGCACCAUGGUGGAGAAACGUGUCCUGGCAUUAGCAUGGGAAAAUCCAUUUCUUACUCACACCUAUUGUACCUUCCAGACUAAGGAGCAUCUCUUCUUUGUUAUGGAGUUUCUGAAUGGUGGAGAUUUGAUGUUCCACAUACAGGACAAGGGCCGUUUUGAUCUUUUCAGGGCUACGUUCUAUGGAGCUGAAAUAAUCUGUGGAUUACAAUUCCUUCACACAAAGGGCAUUAUUUAUAGGGAUCUGAAAUUGGACAAUGUGAUGUUGGAUCGGGAUGGACACAUCAAAAUUGCAGACUUUGGUAUGUGCAAGGAGAACGUUUAUGGAGAAAAUAAAGCAAGCACUUUCUGUGGGACCCCAGAUUAUAUUGCUCCAGAGAUAUUACUUGGACAUAAGUACACAUUUUCCGUGGAUUGGUGGUCAUUUGGAGUCCUGCUGUAUGAAAUGUUGAUUGGUCAGUCUCCUUUUCAUGGUGAUGAUGAGGAUGAACUAUUUGAAUCCAUUAGAAUGGACACACCACACUUUCCAAGAUGGAUCACAAAGGAAUCCAAAGACAUCCUAGAGAAGCUGUUUGUGAGAGAUCCCAUAAAGAGACUUGGUGUAACUGGAAACAUCAAGACCCAUCCUUUCUUCAAGACUAUUAACUGGACUGCUUUGGAAAAGAAAGACGUGGAACCACCCUUUAAACCAAAAGUGAAAUCCCCUAGUGAUUACACCAACUUUGACCGUGAGUUCCUCAGUGAAAAGCCACGACUUUCCUACAGUGAUAAAAACCUUAUUGAUUCAAUGGACCAGACUGCGUUUCAUGGAUUCUCCUUCAUCAAUCCUAAAAUGGAGUGUCUCCUUGAAAAAUAACAGUAGCACCCCUUUCUUAUCUGUGAACUGUGACCUAGAUUUACACUAAAGGGAACAACAUUCAGAACUGCAUCUGUAAUACUUCUACUAUGGAGUUAAAAUGUAUAGAGCAUUUGUUUCACUGUGAUCACUCCAACUUCAUAAAGAAGAUUGUUGGUAUAAACAAAAAAUAUUCCUGCAAGAGAACAGCUCUUCCUGAGAAAAUCACUCCCAUCUGGAAACUUGAAUAUAGUUAAUAAUCCUAAAAAUCCCCCCCCCCCCAAAAAAAAUAUAUAUUUAUAUA